GUAGUCAUGUUAUUAAUUUUAUCACCUGACCAAAAAUCAAAUUGUAUAUAAAAUAAAUUCAUGUUUCGCAACAACUCGUGCUAUAUUAUGUCAUUAUGUAUAAUAUAAAUUCAAAUAAAAAUAUUUUAAUAAUGGUAAUAUAAUCAAAUUAUUAAUAUGAUGUCUGCAAUUUUCAUUAUUAUGCAAAAUGGAUGAAAUUCUUUUUCGCCUUCAUCAACGUGUUGAAGCUUUACAGGUACAGGGUAAUAUUAUGAGCCAAAAUGGUACUGAACUUUUACGACAAUAUUUAGCUCAACUACGUGUUACGAUGUCACAGCUAGCAAGUAAUGACAGAGUUGCAGAAGCUCAACAUUUUUUCUCAAACAACCUAUCCAAUUUAAAACAGCAUUAUGCAAAUGCCCGAAGUAAUUUCACAGAGCUAAUACAACCUGCAGUCAUAUACGGACAUUUAACACAUUUCUUUAGAAAUGAACUUGCCAUUAAUAACACAUUUUAUCUUAUAAUUGGACUUGUGAUCGGUGGUGCUGGUGGAACUAUGUUUGGGUGGUAUCUUGCCUGUCCUCCUAUUACACCAAAUUUUAUGAAAGCGGUUGUUGCUAUAUCGUAUCGUGGUAUAAAUGCUGUGACUUCCAGUCAAAAGGUCCAAGUUCCAGUUUUGAACCAGCAGUCUGACGAAUUGCUUAUCCGUGUUAAAGCUGCCGGUCUUGUAAAAUUGGAUGAUCGAAUUGCCAAAGGCUAUGCUAAAGUUUUGCGUAGUCUGUACUCAAAAUCUAAGGAAAGUUUUCCAGUGAUUCUUGGGAGAGCUUGUUCAGGUGUGGUCGAAGCAGUUGGAGGAUCAUCAGAUUUAUUUGAACCUGGAGAUGAAGUUUGGGCAAUUACGCCUUAUUACUUGCCAGGUUUGGCAUCAGAAUUGACAAUAAUUCAUCAGAACCAAGUUAGCAGGAAACCGAAACAAUUGGGAUAUAUAGCUGCUGCAAGUCUUCCUUAUGGUGGUUUUAUUGCGAUGAAAGCACUUGAAGGUGCUAAUUUAAAUGAAGCCACUGCUAAAAAUAAAAGAAUAUUCAUAUUGGGUGGAAACUCCCCAGUUGGAUGCAUCCUUGGACAAUUACUACAAUCGUGGGGAGCUCACAUUACAGUAUCUUGUGCACCGAUUGGUAUAAAAGUUGCCAAAGGAGCUCAUGAUGUCAUAACAUUGAUUCCUGAAAAUGUAGAUAGCAGUAUGGCAGAAGAUGAACUUCAAAAUAGCACUGAUUUAUUGUUAAAGGAAUUACAACUGAAUGAUCCAUUUGAUACAAUAUUUUUAACGGUGGAAUCAAAUAUGAAGCAUACGAGUGGUUGA